AUGAAAUACUCCCAGAACCUAGAAUACUACGACGGUAUAGGAGUAGCAAUGAUCCAGAGAUGGGACAUGCCAAUCACCUGCCAUGCUUUCUCCUGCUCUUUGGUGAACGAUGCAAGGGAAUGGAUCGAUAGCCUGCCAGCAGAUUCGAUAAAUAAUUUCGAAACCCUAAAAACAAAGUUCAGAUCACAAUUUAACACGCAGAAGAAACAUCGGAAGACACAUGUGUCAGCACAUAAUAUAAAACGACAAAGUGAAGAAAUGCUUAGGGAUUUUAUAAGAUACACACAUGAAACCCAGGAGAUAAGUGGACUACCGGAAAGCCAGAGGAUAUCAGGACUCAUCCAAGGACUACGAGCAGUCGAGCUAGUCGAACACCUCACGAAAAACAUGCCAGAAACAUACCAUGAGAAACCAAUUAAAUCCCACAUCUGGAUCGACGUCAAAGGGAUAAACAGAUCAACGGAGUACGCCCUGGGAAAACAGAAAAGAGAUCCGACAGACAGCAGGACCAAAAGUCCCAUCAAAAAUCCGAGGUGGGGAAGCAAAGCAAGUGAAGGCAGAAAAAUAAUGAUGCUGAAAUUAACAAAAUCACCAAAGGACAUCCUCGCAAUGGAACAAGUAGUGCAAACGUUCCCGACCCCACCCAGAUUAACAAUCCGUAAAAGGGACCGAGAAAAAUAUUGCGCAUUCCACAAAGAUUAUGGAAACGACACGGAUUUGUGUCGAAAUCUCCAACAGUCCAUAGAGGAUGCAAUAAUUGCUAGAAAACUGCACCGUACCCGAUCUGCCAGGGAACUCCAGCAGGAAUAA